AUGGCUCUCGAGCGAGAAAACAGUGAGGAUGGACCUUGGAGGAGAGAUAGCCCAGGGUCAGUCCAACAUCCAGAAAGUCCUAGGCUUACCAACCCUUCCUGGAAAGAAAGAGAAGAAAAUAACAGUGUGGAAAGUCACCAGGAUAAUCAGGAGGGCUCCAGAAAGCCUCACCUGCCUUCCAUCGUGGUGGAAGCCUCUGACGUGAACAAAGAGGAGAGUGGGCAGCUCCCGUGGGAAGAGCUGCUACUGCUUGAGGAGGAGGAGGAGGAGGAGGAGGAGGAGGAGGAAGAGACUGAGGUCUUCCAGGACCAAAGUGAAGAGCCAGUCCCUGCAGGCUGGACUUGGAGCCCCGUGGGCCCCAGAUCUACUUUAAGAAUCUUUAAGCCAGAUCUCAGCUGGGGGCCAGAACAAGAUACCUCCUGGAGUGCUGAGGACCAAGAAGCCUCCAACCCUUGGCCUCCUUGGGACCCAACAAGCUCCCAUGUCUAUAGAAGCCACUUUGUGGAAUAUUCCCAUCUCCUGCUUCCCAGGAGCACUGAGGGUAAGCACUGA